AUGGCUACUUAUAAACAGAAACCUGUUCGACCUCAAACUCACUAUGCAAGUAGUGAUUCAGAAGAAGCUUCGGGUUCAGAUCAAGAAUGGGUCGUGUUUCAUGGAGAUCGCUCCUCCAGUAAAUCUUUUGACCGCAAAAUCGGUAUUCCCUCUAGUGACGAUGACUGGCAUGUUCUUAGUGACAAUCUAAGUCCAACGGAAGAAGGUCUGAUUGUAUCUGAAAGUAACUCUGAAUUCGCCAGUGACUAUGAUUCUGAGCCAGACCAAGUUCAGGAACACUCGGAAGAUUUAGUAAACCAAGAUUACAUCCCCCAAAUUCCUUCUCGCGACAGCGUUGAAAAUUUUAAUGAGACACUUUCAGAUAUCGAUUUUACACCUAAUGAAAAAAACAAUUCUCCUGAGUUUGAAGAAAAUCAUAAAUCUGAGGCAACGAAUCCCAGUAUCACAGGAGCCGAUAUCUUUGAUUACAAAACCCAAAGCCAAAAUGAGAAUAUUUCCGAAAAUAGAGGAAGAACUCUUGGCAGUGCGCGUGAUUCUUUAAUGUCCAAAUUACGUAAUGUAUUCCGAAUUGAAGAGGAGGUUGUCUCAAUAAUUGAAAGAGAGCAACCACCGCAGGUUUAUCAACGACUUGGAGAAUCUGCCUCUGCUAACGCAAAGUUUGGGUUGGGUGAUUUGGGCAUGAUGAAUCCUAUUAAAUCACUAGCAAAUGUGAACAACGAAGGCAUAAAUGAUCAUUCCGAAAAUAAACAAGAGCGAUUUUCACAAUUAUCCACUAUUGAUAAUAUGCCUAUUACUUAUACGCGUUUAUCUUCCGGUAACGCUUCCAUUAUUACUAGAUUGGGGAGUAGACCUAAUAUGCCAAAGGAUCCAAUGGCUGUCAAAUUCGCCCCAACUAUACCCAAGGAUACAAUAAAUAAUAUAUUGACGAACAAUAAUAUUAACAGCAGUCAUGAUAAUCAAGCAACUUCUAAUUCCGGACGCACUUCUCAAAGUGACACAAAUUCACUUCUUUCUACUGUAUGGACAACUUUCCGUCGCAUUACAAACAAUAUAAUAAUAAGCAGUGAUUCGGAAUCUUCUCAUAAUGAUAAUAUUCCUUACCCCUCUAUUUUGUCUCUCGGAUCUUCCAGCCGUACACAUCAGAGUGGUUUGGCCUCUAUUAUCACAGAAUCUGGAGAAAGCUAUUACGCUUAUGAUACUUGUUACCCACCUUUUGGCAACCAUCUUACCCUUUCUGACCUUUGUCCCCCUUUGUAUAAUCAUAGACCAUCUACAACUACCGCUGCACCACAUGCGUGCAGUGGAAGUUCUAUUCCUUCAUCUAAUGCUGCAAGAAAACUUCUUACACCCGUUUCUAGUUCAGCAAGUUUGCAAAGCUUUAUUAGUCGAGGAGGAAGUGAUUGUGGAUUGGAGAGUGGAAGAGAAAGGGGUACCUCUUUAGAAGUUCCUCUUGUUAUGUAA